CCUGUCGUCCCAUCGGGGCCGGCUGGGCUUUGACAGGAUGGCGCAUCAUCUAUCUGGGGUGUUCGGAUCGGAGCAUCGCCCUCACGGACAAGAAUUAUCAGAAUAACAAUGUGAGUUGGGAGAGUGUGGGUGACGCCGACAGGCUCCGAACGAAGCUCCGGAUGCUUCCCCUCACCUCUCCGAAUCCGAUCAUCGUCGCCCCCCCACGACCCAAGGAAUGGUCCCUCUGCUGGAUUAAGGUGCGCCCCUAAGCUGGUGGCCAUCGUCUCACUUUUCUGGUUCCCUUCCAACCCCACUCGCCCUCCCUCUUGUCCCUUUCCCUUCUCCUCUCGCCCCCCCUCCCCUCUUCUUCCCCUCGCGUGAUCGUGAAUUUUCUCUUCCAUGGAGGCUGUCGCGACGUUUGUUCCGUCCCCCACGGCCAUCUUGGAUUGUCCAAUUCCAUGGUCGUAGAAUCUAAUAAGUCGGGCAUGGCCGACGUGCCAUUGAAGGCCAACCUUCCCCGGAAAAGCGCCUUUUCCUGUGAGGCUUGUCGCAAGCGAAAGGUGAAAUGCAACGGAGCCAGUCCGUCAUGUUCGCGAUGUGCGGCACGCGGCGAGGUGUGCGUCUAUAGUCUGGCCCCAACCUUAUCUUAUACGAAGCAGCUGGAAGCGCGCGUCGCGCAGCUGGAAGAUGCUCUUUCCAAGCUACGAAACCAACAACCUCCGGAGUCGGUGGUGCGGAAAGCCGCUUCUCCGGCAUCGCCGGGUGAGUCCAGCGCCAGCCCGGGCAUCCGAACUCGCAUCAAAGAAGAAGAGGAAUCAGAGAGCGACCUUGUCAGAGACUUCGAAGGUCUCAAGGUCGAACACGAUGGUCGAAUAUCCUUCCAUGGCCCGACCAGUUUGUUUCAGCUGCCAAGUGGCCUCCUAAGCGAGACCUCAUCAACAAUCCCUCUUGCUAUGCAACUGGAGGGACGAAAAGAAAGACUCAUCAACAAUGCGUGGCGGGAACGCGCCUUUGAGCAGAUGGCUACUAUGCCCGAGCCAUUUCAAUAUCUCCUAGAUUCACAUUGGUGCUGGAUUCAACCACUAUUCGGCUUCGUUUAUCGACCUACAUUUACUCGUGAUAUGAAGAUUAAUGGUCCCUAUUACUCCGAUGCUUUGUUGAACGCGAUCCUUGCCCACUCCGUACGAUGGUGCAAGACAGAGCCCAGGAUUGGGCCCAUUCUUCAAUCCUUUGAAGGCGGGGCACAGUUUUCCCACCGUGCCGUAUCAGGCCUAUACGAUUCGCUCAAAGCCGGCUAUAUCGGCAUUCCAACCAUUCAGACACUACUCCUCCUCAGUGCGCAAGAGUUCGGGCGAGGCAACCGGACUCAAGCGUGGUUGUACAGCGGAAUGGCCUUUCGGAUGCUGGACGACCUUGGAAUCUCCAUCGAUAGUCGCAAGUAUUCUGACAGCGCUCAUCUCAGUGAUGAGGAUAUUGAGAUCAGAAAUCGUCUCUUCUGGAGUUGCUAUUUCUGGGAUAAACUGAUCUCAUUAUACUUCGGCCGAUCUCCGACCAUGCAGCACUCCCGGGUCAGUCCUCCAAGGAUGAUAUUGGAUGAUACCGCCGAGGCUGAGAUCUGGACUCCUCAUGGUGUCGUCUUCCCAGAUGGUACUCAUUAUCCGCCCACCCAGGCCCACUCUACAUCAUGCUUCAUGAAGAUGUGCGGGCUGGCAGAGAUUCUCAACCAAAUCCUCAUCCAUAUUUACGACCCUAUCCGACAAGUCUCGGAGAUGGAGUUUCACAAUUGCAUCCAGGAACAAGCGGCAAAUCUAGCUGACUGGUGGGAGGAGCUCCCUGGUUAUCUGAAGCUCCAACCUAUGGACAUUCCUCCGUAUAGCCCGCCAAGUCACAUUGUGACCCUGAACUGUCUUUACCACACCAUCAACAUCCUUCUUCACCGCCCCGUGCUCUGCUCCAAAUCAAACCGCGAAGCCUACGACAAAAGCCACUUAGUUCAAUGCAUGACGUCCGCGACUACUAUCUUGUCCCUUUUCGAUUUGUAUCGUCGUACUUUCGGUGACAGCCACGUGGUUCUCUCUCUCGCCUAUAGUGUAUACACCGCGGCGUCUAUAUUCUUGCUCGAAAUCCAGGCCUUGAAAUACGCUGCUCCGGGGACGCUCGACAAACUCAGAUACUGCAUCUAUGCAUUGGAGCGGGUGAAGGGGACAAAUCCUGUGAUCACUACAGCUUUGAGCCUCGUCUAUCAGGAGUUGCACAAACUACAAAUUGACGUCCAUCUCGUAAUCCCCGCCCCUCAACCCGAACAGCCUCAACAACCACCUCAAUCUCAGCCUCAACCUCAGCCUCAACCCCAACCUCAACUCCACCAACGGUCACGAACUCAUCAUAGCCACUCCCCUUCUCAACACCAUGCAUCGUCCCCCGCAAGCCUCGCCGAUAACUCUCGUCGUGUCUCUCCUGUGCAGCAGCAACCCCAACAAACCGACCACCCCAUGGAUCCCAUCCACAAUACAGGCAUGAACUCUACAGCUCCAAUAAUGCCGGGAUAUACCUACCAACAGCCAGUUGCCGAAUUUGAACUUUCGCAGACAAAUGUGCCGCAAAUGACUACGGCACAUCUGUUAGGCGGGAUGCCAAAUGCCAUGCUGACGCUGGAUAACCCGGGUUCGUACGAGAUCACGCCGGAAGUGUUUGAAGCAUUCUCCUACGCGGAGCCCAUCACGACGAACAUGACGCCUGCAGUCGAUUACGUGUGGGAUCGGCAUUAACCCGUGAUGGGAAGCCAAGCACAGGCUAUCGGUUGUCCACCUAAAUCAGGGGAAUAAUCUGGGAGACAAAAUCAAAGCAGUUGGACCUAUAUAAUAAUCAAGAUUCUUGUACGUUUGUAUGUACACAUUGGUGAAUGGGGAAUAUAUCUUUCCAAUCUAUUAUACACCUGUACGAUCUGGUUGAGGAAAGAGUAAGUAUUCCAGUUUGUAGAAUUAUCCCCCCUUAUGUACCGCCAAAAAUAAAUGCAAGCUCUAGAUCGGCCUUUUUCCAAAACGAGA